UGUCCUGCCCCUUCUGUGCCUCUGUUAGUGGCAGUCUUGGGAACGACGGCGAGUGCUCAACAUGGCGGCGUGGAGCAAGAGGCCGUCCCGGUGGAGGAGAAACACCUGAACGGAGAGCUGCUUUUGGAGCCCGAGGAAAGAGAGAGCGCUGGCGGGGCCGCCGCCGAUGAAAACGCCAAGAAGAAACGCAAGAAGAAAAAAGAAAAGCAAAGGAGGCGCAGUCGGACAACAAGAGACUGAAAAAGAGUUAGAGGCAACACUGAUGAGGUAGCAAACCAACUAGAUAAACAAACACUGGAAGAAAAGGAUAAAGAUGAUGAUGAUGAAGAUGGUGAAGGAGACGGUGAUAGUGCAGCAGGAAAGAAAAGAAGAAAAAAAAAAAAAGAAAAAGAAGGACCAAAGGUUCAGACAGAUCCCCCAUCUAUUCCAAUAUGUGACUUGUUUCCUAGUGAAUUUCCAAAAGGAGAGGAAUGCGAAUAUCCAGCAACGCAAGAUGGGAGAACGGCUGCUUGGAGGACUACAAGUGAUGAAAAGAGAGCACUAGAUCAAGCGAAUGAAGAGAUCUGGAAUGACUUCAGAGAGGCUGCUGAAGCACAUAGACAAGUGAGGAAAUAUGUUAUGAGCUGGAUCAAGCCUGGAAUGACCAUGAUUGAAAUUUGUGAAAAACUAGAAGAUUGUUCACGGAAGUUGAUACGAGAAAAUGGCUUAAAUGCUGGGCUUGCAUUUCCCACGGGGUGUUCUCUGAAUAAUUGUGCAGCCCACUAUACCCCCAAUGCUGGAGAUCCAACUGUUUUGCAGUAUGAUGAUAUCUGCAAGAUAGAUUUUGGAACACAUAUUAAUGGUCGUAUCAUUGACUGUGCUUUUACUGUCACAUUCAAUCCAAAAUAUGACAAGCUCUUACAAGCUGUAAAAGAUGCAACUAAUGGAAUAAAGUGUGGAAUAGAUGUUCGCCUCUGUGAUGUUGGUGAGGCUAUCCAGGAAGUCAUGGAAUCUUAUGAAGUUGAAAUUGAUGGCAAAACCUAUCAAGUGAAACCUAUUCGGAAUCUGAAUGGGCACUCCAUUGGGCCAUACAGGAUACACGCAGGCAAAACUGUUCCCAUUGUGAAAGGAGGAGAAGCAACAAGAAUGGAAGAAGGAGAAGUAUAUGCUAUAGAAACCUUUGGUAGCACAGGAAAGGGAGUUGUUCAUGAUGAUAUGGAAUGUUCUCAUUAUAUGAAGAACUUUGAUGUUGGACAUGUGCCAAUAAGGCUUCCAAGAGCAAAACACUUGCUGAAUGUUGUCAAUGAAAAUUUUGGUACUCUUGCCUUUUGCCGUAGAUGGUUAGAUCGUCUGGGAGAAAGUAAAUACCUAAUGGCACUGAAGAACCUAUGUGACUUGGGUAUAGUGGACCCAUAUCCUCCUCUAUGUGAUAUUAAAGGCUCAUACACAGCACAGUUUGAGCACACCAUAUUAUUGCGUCCAAUGUGCAAAGAAGUUGUCAGCAGAGGAGAUGACUAUUGAAAUUUCAAAGCCAUUACCUCACUUAUGUACUCUGUUGGAACAUGUUAUGCCAGAAUAAAUUUGCAGUCUGUUUUAACAGUCAACUCAAUGUGAUAACUUUCCAUGUUCAGAAGAAAAGAAUUUAAUCAAAGGCAAGUUCUCUAAUGUAACUAAGGAAAAAAAAACAGCUACUGGGGCUUCUAGAAUAUUUCAGAUUACUUUUAUAUUUUUCUUUUGUGAGAAAUAUGCUACAAAGUGUUAUUUUUAGUUUAGAAUGAGUUAUACAUAUUGUUUGAAAUAUUUCUGAAAAUAUGUUUUUCAGGUAUUUAUAUUACCAUAUUCUUACUUGAAUGCUUUGAAUGAUCACAAAUAAUUUCUGCACCUAAACUGUCUUUGCUGUUGCCUUUUAAACUGCCUGGAAUGCAUUUUGUAAAAUUA